AUGGCUCACGAAAACGUUUGGUUCUCCCACCCAAGAAACUACGGUAAAGGUUCAAGACAAUGCCGUGUCUGUGCCUCGUACUCUGGUCUGAUCCGUAAGUACGGCUUGAACAUCUGCCGUCAAUGUUUCAGAGAAAAGGCCAGCGACAUUGGUUUCCACAAGUACCGUUAA